CAACAGUUUAUUGAGGGGGUCAGAUGUUGACAGAAUGCUUGUGCGCUAUCAUGCCAAACAGACACAGCAAUGGUGUUGGCAUUGGCAAGAACACAUAUUGAUCUUGGACCAGACUGUUAUGUGCAGUAGUAUGGAUUGCGAAAUUGUCUGUUUGACAGAGUAUGCGCAUACACGUUAGGUCACUUUUUUCCGAUCGUCACUAGUAAAAGAAACGCCAAUUUCUACAAUUCAUCGUCUUAAAAUGUGAUUUGAAACCUAACCCUAAAGGAAUACCAAAAAGUUAUUUUUUAAAAUAUUUUUUUACGAUGUGUAUCCAACUACCCCUUUGUGGCUGUGGUAACUAUUGAAAUCCCUUAUUUCUCUCUGGCUGGCUGUCCGUCCAUGCAUCCUCCGGUCAAAGUAGAUUUAUUUCAAACACAAGUCAACAUCUCUCAGGAUACUAUACACUAAUGAAGAAUGGCGGGUAGUUUUGGCAAAAUCGUCCUCGGCGUGUACGUUGAAAUAAAGCGAAGCGAUGGCAGCUCUCUGGAAUAUACCAGGAGUACCCCCCUCCCUCAGUCUCUAGUCCUGCCAUUAGCCAGGCACUGAUGGGCUCUGCGAUGAAUGGAGGCAUCACUCAACCACAGAAUAGCCUACUGUGUGCCAUGAUAGCAGACUAUCAUAAGGACUUGAGAGGAAAAGUGGUAAAAGACGAAUACACCAAGCCAUGGUCACGUCGUUGAAUGAAGACAAUGAGAGCGUCACUGUGGAGUGGAUCGAAAAUGGAGACACCAAAGGGAAAGAGAUUGACUUGGAGAGUAUAUUUGCACUAAACCCAGAUGUGGCCCCAGAAGAGGAGAUCGCCCACAGCCCAGAGACCCCUCCCCCACCAACGCCCACCUCUGUGAAGGUCAACAAGAUCUCCAAGCAGAACCGGCGAACCAUAGCGCCCACUAAGAAUGGCACUCCAUCCAGGGAUAACAGAGUGGUGUCGACCCGGGCCAGACCAGCUCCACCCCAGCAGCCAGAGCCUUCUCCUCCUCCUGCCCAGCUGCCAGCCCAGCCCACCCAGGCCCAGACAGCCCAACAGUUAGCCAAUGAAGCGUCAUUGCAUCAGCUAAGCAGAAAGGAGUUUGGACAGCUUUCGAGGAGGAAGUCCAACUGUGUGAAGGAAGUGGAGAAACUGCAGGAGAAGAGAGAGAAACGACGGAUACAGCAACAGGAGCUGAGGGAGAAGAAGGCACAGGAGGUGGACACCACUGUCCCUAACUAUGAGAUCCUGCAUAUGAUCAGAGACUUUCGUGCCAGUCUGGACUACCGGCCGCUGUCCACCACAGAUUUGAUUGAAGAGCACAGAAUAUGUGUUUGUGUGAGGAAACGUCCACUUAACAAGAAAGAGUUGACUAUAAGGGACCUGGAUGUGAUUACCAUCCCCAGUAAGGAUGUGGUGAUGGUCCAUGAGCCCAAGCAGAAGGUGGACCUGACACGCUACCUGGAGAACCAGACCUUCCGCUUCGACUACGCAUUUGAUGACAGCACCACUAAUGAAAUGGUUUACAGGUUUACUGCCAGGCCCCUGGUGGAGACCAUCUUUGAGAGGGGCAUGGCCACGUGCUUCGCCUAUGGACAGACUGGUAGUGGCAAAACACAUACUAUGGGUGGAGAUUUUUCUGGAAAGAACCAGGAUUGUUCUAAAGGGAUUUAUGCAUUAGCUGCUCGGGAUGUGUUUGUCAUGUUGAAGAAACCUUGCCACAAGAAGUUAGAUCUUCAGGUGUACGCAACCUUCUUUGAAAUCUACAGUGGAAAGGUGUUUGACCUGCUGAAUGGUAAGGCUAAGCUCCGGGUGCUGGAGGAUGGGAAGCAGCAGGUGCAGGUGGUGGGGUUGCAUGAGAGAGAUGUCAAAUGCACAGAGGACGUCCUCAAACUCAUAGAAGUGGGCAACAGCUGCAGAACGUCAGGGCAGACCUCGGCCAACGCCCACUCGUCCCGUAGCCACGCCGUGUUCCAGAUCAUUCUGAGAAGGAAGGGGAAGAUGCAUGGCAAGUUCUCCCUGAUCGACCUGGCGGGGAACGAGAGGGGGGCCGACACAUCCAGCGCUGACCGCCAGACACGCCUGGAGGGCGCUGAGAUCAACAAGAGCCUUCUGGCACUAAAGGAGUGCAUCAGGGCGCUGGGACGGAACAAACCACACACUCCAUUCAGGGCCAGCAAGCUCACACAGGUCCUCCGAGACUCCUUCAUAGGGGAGAACUCCCGCACAUGCAUGAUAGCCACCAUCUCUCCUGGCAUGACAUCCUGUGAGAACACCCUCAACACGCUACGCUACGCUAACAGAGUAAAGGAGUUUGGGAUCAGUCCCUCAGACAUCCCCUUCUCCCAGGGCGGUGGAAGUCGCUCGGAGCUCUCGGAGCUCUCGCCCACCCAUGAAGUGAAGGAGUUGACGGUGGACGCUAACCAGGUGACCGAAGGGGUCCGACCCAACAUCCAUGUGGUGGACCUGAUGGACUAUGACUGGGACCACCUGGGCAGCUCCCCCCAGAGAGACGACCUCAAACUGCUCUGUGAGCAGAACGAGGAGGAGGUGUCACCCCAGCUCUUUAACUUCCAUGAGGCUGUGUCUCAGAUGGUGGAGAUGGAGGAACAGGUGCUGGAGGACCACAGAGCUGUCUUCCAGGAGUCUAUCCGGUGGCUGGAGGAUGAGAAGGUUCUGCUGGAAAUGACUGAGGAGGUGGACUAUGACGUGGACUCCUACGCCACUCAGCUAGAGCAGAUACUGGAUCAGAAGAUUGAUAUCCUCACUGAGCUCAGAGAUAAAGUGAACUCGUUCCGCUCGUCGCUCCAAGAAGAGGAACAAGCCAGUAAGCAGAUCAAUCCUAAGAGGCCACGUGCCCUGCUGUAGACCAGACCUGACAUGGGGGUGUGGUCUUUGUGUGUGGAAUGGGCAGUGGCACAUACAGGAACAUGAAUAUAAAAACGUGGCACAGCUGUCACAAAGAAACGGACUCAUCUGUUUUCUAAUCAGGCUCACCACGGAUGUCAUCAGAAAUAACAGGAGGGGAAUGCAACCUUGGAUCCCUUUUAUAGCUGAUUUUACAUUUUCACUCUUGUUUUGCCCUGUUCUAUUUAAUUGUUUUACUUUUUUGUACUUUAAAUUGAACGGCUGUUGACUUGUCUUCAUCAGAGACCAUGUUGGUUGUGCUUUUGGGUUCUACAACACCAGUGUUGUGUAUUCUGGUAGGUCAGAUUGACAUGUAUGCAUGUGCAACUCUCUGUUGGCUUCCAACUCGUGUGGUUGAUUCCCUGCUCAGUUGGCACUGUACAGAAUAGACAUUACUCUGUAGGGCCAGUCUUUCUUUCCUUCUUCAAUUUCCUGAGUUGAGAUGAAGUCAAAUCUAGUUGUGGUUCUCAUGUCUUACCAGUCCUUGUCUAUAGUUUGAUUCUGUGUUGUUCUCCCUGUUAUUUAAUACUGUAAAGUCAUUUUUCACCCAUUUAACUUUGUAAAGACAAAUGUAUAGUAAAUACCACUGACCUACUGUUGCAUAUGUUUCUGUGUUUGCCACAGAUGUCACACUGGCAGAAGUAAUAAAGGGGAUACCUAGUCAGUGAUACCUGAAA